AUGAGUGAGUUCAAGUUUCAAUCAACCGUUGAGCCCAAAAAAUUGGCUGAAUUGUAUGCAAUUAGCGGCGAGGAGUGGGGUGCUCCUUUUACUGCUGAGCAAUACGGUAAAAAUGAGGCCAAUUACUUGGUCAAAUGGAUCUUGAGUGGUAAAGCCGGCAGAGGUUUUUACCUCCAAAGUAAAAGUGGAGUGUUGGUAUGCUCGGCAGUUGUCACUCAACACAAAGGUUUCUACAAGGAGGCAGAUCGCGGAGGAAUCACCAACGUCCCCGAUCCGGCAGCUUUCGGAGUGAAACCGGCAACUGGAUUGAGACUCGAGCAUGUGUUCACUCACAAGGACUAUCGGGGAAAAGGAUUGAUGAAAAGGUUGUUGCUGAAGGUAAUUGAGUAUACCGAGGAUGAGAUUAUCAAGAAGGAGCUUGCCAAAUCAUCAGAAAAUAAGGAUUCAUUGAAACUGAUGGUUACCACUGGAGGGACCGUCGAUAAGACCUUGGUCAACCAUUACUUGGGCAAAAAGUACUUUUGGUACUUGUAUUCUGCCAUUGGAGAAGGCUACAAGCCAUAUGGGUUCAAGACCUAUCCAGCGGAUGGUUACGUGGUACCCUUUUCCUUGCAGAAUACUUACAGUUAUAAGUUGGUGGAGCAAGCACUUCAAUCGGAGGCUUCACAUGUGGAUGUGGGAAAAAAAAUCCGAUUUUUAAAUGGCACAAACAAGCUGGACAGAGACUUGAUCGAGUACAUUUUCCAAGGCAAGGAAUUGGACUUGAUGACGGACUUAAGCAAGGGAAAUUUCCAUUCAGAAUUGUCUGGUGGGCAGAGAUCGUCUUCUUCGUUAACCAACAUUGCGAGCGCCCUUUCACAGACCAAAUUGGGUUCCACCAACGAGCUUUCUGCUAUCGCAGAGAAAUUGGAGGAGUCGACUCUCGGGGCAACUUCCGGUGAAGAACAUGCUACUGUUGCUGGAAAACGGUUGCUGGGAGAUAGUUUGAGGAGAAAGCUGUCUGUCCACAGCUUUGGAGUGCCACGUGUAGGACUCAAGCCCGAGCUUGCCAAUGUGGAGAAGUACUACAAGGAAGAAGAAGAGAUUGCUGCUAAAAAUGGAACCCCAGAAAAUGUACACUUCAGUAACUUGAAGGGAGCCAUUUUAACCAAUGAGUUGCAGCAAAAAUCUUUCUAUAUCUUGUGGACCACGAUCAUGCACAAGCUGUUCAUCAUUUUAAGUAUGGGUGAAUUAAAGCUUGACCUUUUUGGUGCUCUCACCGAUCCUUCCGGCUUCACCAAUCCAUUGGGACGUCGCAGAGGCUCUUCUUUCAGUGGAUUGAACGAUAUGGGAGGGAUCAAUUUCCAAGACAUGGCAUUGUUGAUUAACACUGCCGUGUAUGUUGCUAACCACCGGACUGGAUUGUUACCUGGUGCCAAUGUCACCAUCAAUGAUCUCCCUCAAAAUGUUCCUACAUCGGUAUUGCAUGACUUCUUCAUGAACUACUUGGGCAAGGCUGAAAAUGAAGGGGAGCUUGCAGAAAAAGGUGAAAUCCAAGACAAUGAGGCGGCCAAAGGUGCUCAAGCCAAUGUGAAGUAUGUUAAAGAUUUUGGUGAACAACUCCACAUCUUGCCCUGUUUGAAGAGAUUUGGUAAUAAUUCCGAUAACUUUCAUGUUGACUGGACGGCAAACAGCUUUACUUCUUGGGGAUAA